UAUGGCGGUAAUGCUGUUACGCUCUCUAGCCCCCAACAGACCGUCUAUGUAUUCAUGUCUAUAGUUUAAAUAACACGGUAGGGAAAUUUUAUUGUCAACUAAACACAGACGGUGCUGUUGGUGGGGCACAGCGUUUUGCACUCAAACAGGGCUAAAAUGAACCAAAAAAAAUUGCAGUUGCCUAUAGUUGCACUUUUUGCUCUAACGUUAAGUGGUUAAUUUGUAUCCAAAGACAAACUAAUAUUAUCUAAUAAUAGAUUAUUUACUGUCAUUUGUAAUUUUAUCCAGCGCCUUUAACCUGCUCUGGUUGGUGUUCACGUGUUCAUCUUAGGCGGAACUAUAAAAUAAUAUUCGUGUUUCAAGUGGGACGAAUUUCUAAAACGUACCCGUCAAUGUCAAAUACGCGCUGUUUAUACUGAAUAAAUACAUGUAGGCGUUUUACUUAUGCAGCGACAUCUCAACACAGAUACUUUAAGGUGUGAUGAGGGCUUUUCGGGGUUUAUCUAAAAGGAUAAACCUGAAAUGCUUUUGGUGUCUGUUGUUUAACCGCCACAAUGCUACAGAUGGAGUUUUACUGCAGAUUCAACAAAACGAGUCUCCAAAUAACAAGGUGAGGAAAACGAUCCAGAAGAAAAGACCUGCUUGCUCAGUUGUUCUCCAUCACUUUGACCAACAGUACAGUGAGGAACUUGGAGACUUGUGGCCAUCUGCAAGAGCAGUGCUCCUCAACCCACAGUCCUGGCAAUAUGGGGUCAUGCUAAACCGCUUCAGCACAGUGACGGAUAUCACAGACAGUCUUCUCUCUUUGGGCUUUUCAUCAUUGCUGCCACAAACAACAGUCUCUUCCCUUCCUCAUAAUGGUGCCUCCACUGUGUCUAAUUCUAAAUAUCCAGAAGGACAAGACACUUUCUCACCUCACCACAUCUCAGAGUGCUCUCCUGAGGACUUCAAUCUCCAGCCUGAAGUCCCCUUUCAUGCACUCAAUCAGGACCCUCGGUCAGAGCCUGAUCUCAGUUUGCACCAUUCUUCAUUACAGUGUUACGUCCACCCACGCCAACUGAGAUUUCCCUCUCAGGCUCACCGGGAUGGCCUUCUGAAGCAGUAUUACCUCCUGAACGCUGCUUCUCUGCUUCCAGUUCUGGCUUUGCAAGUCAGAGAUGAGGAAAGGGUUUUGGAUCUUUGUUCUGCCCCUGGAGGCAAAGCUGUAGCUAUAAUGCAGAGUGCAACUCCAGCACUCCUUUGCUGUAAUGAACCGGACCCUCACAGACGAGACUGGCUGUCCAAAACCCUGGAGUCCUUUCUGCCUCGCUCACUAAACAAUAGAGUGAUUGUGUCCGCACAGGAUGGACGGUCUUUUGGGGACAGUGAGACUGGCUUUUAUGACAAGGUUUUAGUUGAUGCCCCUUGCUCUAACGACAGGAGUUGGCUGUACUCUAGCAGCGAACAGCGGGGGGAACAGAGGCUGAAGGACAGAGCCGGGCUGCCUGAGCUGCAGGCUCAGCUCCUCAGGUCCGCGCUAUCUGCAGUGCGUCGAGGGGGUGUUGUGGUCUAUUCAACCUGCACGCUGUCAAACUCUGAAAACGGUGCUGUCGUUGAGACGGUGCUGAAGGAUUUUCCUGAAGCUGAAGUUGAAGAUCUUUGGGAGGAGAUUGCAACUCCUUUAUCUAAAUGCUUCACUUUUAGUUCACAGGCUGCUUGUGGACAGAUGUGUACCAAAGCACCCCCGCUGCUAUCGAACAGCACCAUGUCCUCUCAUAGCCACAGACUUGGUAUUCUUGUGGUUCCUCAGCCUGACAGGACCUGGGGGCCCAUGUUUUUAUCUCGAAUUAGAAGAAAAUAAGGCAUUACCUUCUGUUCUGAACAGACAUGUGGAAUGAGUUAAUACAUUGUUACAAAGCACUGGUUUCAGUACAUAGAGAGCGGAUCUAAGACUCCACACACUGCGACAUGUCUUGUCUGCACAAGGAGGACGAUAACAGCAGACAUGUAAAGUCACGGGUUUGAGGAAGGAUGGUUUAACACGGCAAAACUAAACCAGCUGCAUGAAAUUCCACAUUUAACAAGCAAAUUAAAAUGAAUCAUUUUCACUUCAUUUAUCCCAAAUUCCAGCAGUUUUUAUUAGUCCGAUAUUAAGUGUAUUAUGAUAUUUACUGAACGCUUGUCAUUAAUACUUUUAUAUGAAAGUUGACAUGGUAAAAGGGGCUGCUGGUAGUCAUAUAUUUACAGAAAUAAAAACAAUUCUGACAACAGAUCAGUUAUUUAUGCUUUAGGAGCUCUGAAUAAAACCCACAGAUAAGUGAUGGUAAAAUUAGCAACAUCCAUCCAUUAUCUGAACCCGAGUGUCCACUGUGCAGCCCAGAAUUGGCAACAUUUUAGUUAACUCAUUCACUGCCAGUGACGACUAAAGUCGUCAUUUGCAUUUUUUUUUACUGUUUGAGCAUCGGAACGAGCCCCCGCACUGAGAGAACAAACAUCUCAGCCCUGAAGCCGAUCUUCAUCCGCAUAUGUCACAGAUCACAUGAUCAGGAAGCAACACAUCCAUGUGUGUGGAGAUCGUUUUGGGCCGUUCCUGUAAAAAAAGUAAGGUGCGAACCGGAAAAGCGUCUGCCGAUCACAAUUCAACAACAGAUUAUGAAAGAACGGAUAACGGAUGAAACACACGGCUUCUUCCUGAUGUAAGAGGUGAGUCUCCUCUUUGUUUUGGUUGUUUUGGCAUCGGCAUCAUGCUAGCGCGCAACGUUCUGUGACUCUUAAAAAAACAGUAAAAACGGUGAGAAACGCUGGCAGCAAAGGCCGUUAGUGAUCAGGAAACAGCUGGCAGUGAGUGAGUUAAAAAUGUUUAUUAUUCCAACUUCAAAUAAUGACAAAAUAAUGAGAAUCCAAUGUUGGAAAAUCUAAUUUUGACAGUUUUACAACCUUGUUUAAAGAGCAAGUCACCCCCUACCAGAGUAUUACUCCACUCCCACUUCCUGUUUGAAAAAGGCAACAAAUGCUGUUGCCUAGCAGACCGAGAGGGCGGCACCGCUAACAAACACACACACACACACACACAGGCUCACAACAACAUUGUGACAUCAUAUGGUACCAGCUAACGUCCUAGGGUACCUCUUAGCCAAUUGCAAUGGCAGAUUUAAAUCCAAAUGCAGCACAGAGUUUUUUUCUGAGAACGGCACAACACUGACAGUUUUAGGCAGAAAAUUAAAAUUUUAAACUAAAAUGUGCCAAAGUGCAAAACUAUUGACUACACGGGUCUGCAGCACGAUUAAACAUGCAUUUAUAUAGUUUAUCAGAAAAAAAAGUUGAUUUGGGGGUGACUUGCUCUUUAACCAUGGCUUCUUUCUAGUAUUUUGUUUACCCAAGCACACUAACAGCAAGGGCACGGGGGGUGGGGUGAGGGGGUUUGGAAAACAGUAGGCAUGAGUAAAAGCUCUCAUUUAAAAUUCGGUAACGCUUCCUUUUACAGUCCCCUAAUGACGAAGUACUUACAUGUUAAUUACAUAGUAAGUAAAAGUGUAUUAUUGUUAGAGUUUUUAAACUGUCAUUACCAUGUAACUGAGGUUCAAUUCUAGUUUUUGUUUUUAUUUAUCAUUCUCAGUAAAUUCUGUUUUACACAAUAAUUACACUUUUUUUUAACAAUUAUACACUUUAUUACACAAUAAAACACUUUAACUUACUAUGUAAUUACCAUGUAAGUACUUAGUAAUUAGAGGACUGUAAAAGGAAGCGUCUCCGAAAAUUCUUGCCUGAUGUGAACAGAGGAGCAGUGGGCAGCACCCAAAUCUUGUGAGCAAGCCGCAGCUGAUGUGAACCUGGCAUUAGAUUGCUUGUUGAAUGGGAAAAAUUCCAUGCAUUUUCCAAAGCACCGCUUGGUCAUUUGGCUCCUGGCUCCAUGCCGACACAGAGCCGGACCAUCGACUACGGCGGACCCGUGAACCUUGACCACAGUGGACCAGCAGUCUGAGGCUCUGCUUGUAACAGUCCCACUCCAUAUUAGAUCUCCACAGACGACCAGCAUGACUACAGCCUUGCACGGGAGCCAGUCGGCCGUGCGGGUGGGAUACCCCAAUACCCGGAGCCCUUCUUACCCUCUUGGGUUAGCUAAGUUAGCUAGUAACUACACUGGUUCAUUUGUUCUUACCCUGUUCCAAAUGUAACAGCCCCACCCUCAGCUCCACCUCUUUUCCCAUUUUUGGAUUGUUUGGGUGCGAUGGGACGUGUGACACUGUCAAAAUGGCGGUGGUGGGAACCUCCUAUUUCGGAAACAAAGACCCUUAUAAUUUGCGCCUAUGGAAGUUAAUUGUCCAGUAUUGAUGUCUAUGGUUCUGACUGAGGAGUAUAAAUCAGGCUUUGUUAGCAUUAUCAGCUGAAUCACAUGGCUUAAGCUCUUCCUGGCUUGUGUUGUUUGUGGAGAUAAAACAUCAAUGUUACAGAGCAAACAGAGGCAGUGGUGCUGUUGUGUUGUUGUUAGCCAAUCAGAGGUGACAUGUCUAAAUAUGAAAUGACUCCAAAUCCUGCCGUCUGAAGCUACUUUUUCCUCCAGCAAAAUUGUAUGUCCUCAAACAAGUGGACCGGAGCUUUUUUUCCUCAGAGAACGACUUACAAGGCAUUCAUUUUUACUAAAGGCCACUGCAAAUUUAUGUAAAAUGUAAGUAAAUUUGAAUACUUGAUCAACAGCUUUACUUCAUUUAUAAUACAAAAGAGGUGACAAUUGGGUAUCUUUUGCAGUGAUGAUGUAAUAAACGUUUGUUUGUAUUCUCU